AUGAAGUUCAUGCUCGACGACAUGGAGUUCGUCUUCCCGUACGACAAGAUGUAUCCCGAGCAGUACAACUAUGUCUGCGACCUCAAGCGGAGUUUGGAUGCGCAUGGCCACUGCGUGCUCGAGAUGCCUUCGGGAACGGGCAAGACCGUCUCGCUUCUCUCGCUCAUCGUGGCAUAUCAAUACCAUGAACGCAAGAUGGGCCGGCCAGAGCGGAAGCUCAUCUACUGCUCGCGGACGGUGCCGGAAAUUGAGAAGGCGCUGGCGGAGCUGAAGCGCUUGAUGCAGUACCGCAAGGAAGUCUACCAUAUUGACGACGGCGACUUCCUCGGUAUCGGUCUCUCAUCACGCAAGAACCUGUGCAUCCACCCUUCCGUCCGGCAGGAGAAGAAGGGCAAGGCGGUCGAUGCGAGGUGCAGGGACAUGACGAGCAGCGUCGCGAAGCAGCGGUGGGAGCAGGAUCCGACGAGUGUCGAGCUGUGCGAGUUCCAUGAGAACCUCGGCGAGCUCGACCCCGAUCAUCUCAUCCCGUACGGCGUUCACACGAUCGAGGACAUGAAGGCGUACGGCCAACAGCACAAGAUCUGCCCGUACUUUGCGAUUCGGCGAAUGUUCGUCCACGCCCACGUCGUUAUCUACUCGUUCCACUACCUCCUCGACCCAAAAGUCGCCGAGCAAGUCUCCAAGCACAUGUCGAAAGACUCGAUCGUCGUCUUCGACGAGGCUCACAACAUCGACAACGUCUGCAUCGAAUCGCUCUCGAUCGACUUGACACGGCCAAUGCUCGACACGGCGGCUCGAAGCGUCGAGACGCUCACGCAGAAGAUCGAGGAGAUCAAGGAGAAGGACGCUUCGAAACUGGAAGACGAGUACCGGCGGCUGGUCGAGGGCUUGCAGGCGGGCGAGAACGCGGUCGAGGACGAGGACUUCAUGGCGAAUCCGGUGCUCCCACAAGACUUGCUGCAAGAAGCGGUGCCCGGCAACAUUCGACGAGCCGAGCAUUUCACCGCCUUUCUCGCUCGCUUCGUCGAAUACCUCAAGACCCGCAUGCGCGUCCUUCACGUCGUUGCCGAGACGCCGCUUUCGUUCCUCCAGCACCUUCGCGACAUCACCUUCAUCGAGCGAAAGCCGCUGAAGUUCUGCUCGGAACGCUUGUCGUCGCUGGUCCGGACGCUUGAAUUGACGCGGAUAGACGAGUACUCCGCGUUGCAGAAGGUGGCAGCCUUUGCGACUCUGGUUGCGACCUACCAUGAAGGCUUCCGACUCCUCCUCGAACCGUUCGAGACUGACAACGCGACCGUCCCCAAUCCCGUCUUCCACCUCGUCUGCCUCGACGCCUCUCUCGCCAUCGCACCCGUCUUCGAACGUUUCUCUUCCGUCGUCAUCACGUCCGGCACGCUCUCGCCGCUCGAUAUGUACCCGAAGAUGCUCCGCUUCGACGCGACCGUUCUCGAGUCGUACGUCAUGACGCUCACGCGGGACUGCUUCUUGCCUCUGGUCGUCACGCGCGGGUCCGACCAAGUCGAGAUCUCGUCGCGCUUCGAGGUCCGCAACGACCCGGCCGUCGUCCGCAACUUCGGCACACUCCUCGUCGAGUUCUGCAAGGCGGUUCCAGACGGCGUCGUCGCCUUCUUCCCGUCGUACCUCUACAUGGAGAGCAUUGUCUCGGCUUGGAAUGAGAUGGGCAUCCUCAACGAAGUCCUCAAGUACAAGCUGAUCUUCAUCGAGACGCCCGACGCGGUCGAGACGAGCGCGGCGCUCGAGAACUAUCGACGAGCUUGCGACAACGGUCGAGGAGCGGUCCUGCUGUCGGUCGCCCGAGGCAAAGUCUCCGAGGGGAUCGACUUCGACCAUAACUAUGGCCGAGCCGUAAUCAUGUUCGGCAUCCCUUACCAGUACACCGAGUCGCGCAUCCUCAAGGCCCGCCUCGAGUUCUUGCGCGACACCUACCGGAUUCGCGAGAACGACUUCCUCACGUUCGAUGCGAUGCGGCAUGCGGCGCAGUGUGUUGGGCGUGUCUUGCGCGGAAAGACGGAUUACGGGUUGAUGAUCUUCGCCGACAAGCGCUUUGCGAAGGUCGACAAGCGGAACAAGCUUCCAAAGUGGAUCGGCCAGUACAUCAAAGAGUCGGACACGAACCUUGCGACGGACGUCGCCAUUGCACACUCGAAGCGAUUCCUGAGGAUGAUGGCGCAGCCGUUCGAGCAGAGCACCAAGUCGCUCUGGGGCAUCGACGAGAUCAUGGACAAGCAGCGCGGCCUUGACCCCGAGGGAGGCGUCGAGGAAGACGGCGCGAUGCUCGACGCCGAGGCGGAAGCGGCCGCCCGAGCUGAAGCUGAAGCGGCGGCAGCAGCAGAGGCAGAAGCCGAAGGACUAGAGCCGCUCAACAUGAACGGCUUGAAUGGCGGCGAGAAGGUCAACGGAACGAACGGCUUGGACGGCGACGCGCAGAUGUACGACCCCGAGGGCGACCCUUACGGCGAAAUCGACGACGCUGCGCUCGCCGAAAUGGACUUGCCGCAAGACCUCGUCGGCUUCGGUCUCCCCCAGCCGCCCGACGAGUUCCAGCUUCCGCAGCCGCCGCAAGAGUUCGAGAUGGGCGACGCGCAGACGGGCCUGCCGCAGCCUCCUCCAGAGUUCCUCUGA